AUGGAUUUCAAACAGAUAGAAACAGGCGAAAUUAAUGCAUUUUGGAGAUGCGCCGUUGAAUUUUUAAAUCAAAAUGAUCUCCUGGCGCUGGGCCGCACUAACAAGUAUUUCAACGAACUGUGCAGUAAGAAGCUUUACGAAAAAAUAGUCAUAUCAAGAGAUCCAGUUUUGAGGUCGCAAGAGUGGUAUUUGGAUUGUGGGAAAAGUUAUGUUGCCGGCUACAGGUCGUGGAAAAAAAGCCAGGACCAGAACGAUCUGUUUUUGUAUGAUCGUGUCGUGCGCUUGACCGGCAGUUCACAAUUGGCUCUAGUAAAAGAAGUCGUGAUCCAAGAAGAUGUGUUCAAUAACGAAAAGGAGGGCCUCGUUGUUUUGGAGCAGUUGGUGGAAAAAUUAAUCGCACUGGAUCAAUUGGAAGUCUUAGACAUUAGGGAUAGUGUCCUUUUCUCGAGGUUUUAUUCGCAGUAUUUAAAACUCUCCAACCUAAGGCAAUGCCAGAUCUGGAAUGUUGCGGACUUGGAGCAGCUGCAAUCUGUUGAGAAGGUGAAAUCCCUGAAAUUGGUGCUAAAACAACCGAGAUUUGAUAGUCUUUCUUUAUCUCAGCGUGUCAAGAGCGCGCUUUCGCACAAUCUUGUGGAAUUAGCCGUUGACGACCUGGAGCACUCUAGCCUGCGCCUCUUCCAGUAUUUUUGUACCGAAGGGCUUAUAUUGAAGGCAGUGAGAUCCCUCAAGUUCAACCAUGUUCAUGGUAUUCAUGACUACAACAAGACCAUGCGAGAAAUUACUAUUCUUUUUCUCAAAGACACGUUUCUACUAGAAAAGAUUUCGUGCCUAGAAUUUGAAGGGUCUUGCGAAAUCACAGAGUGCUCUUGUUUCAACGAUUUUCUUAUGGACUUAGCGCCGUAUUUGCACAGUUUACGUGAAUUAGGUCUUAUAGAACGGACCUUUAUAACUCAAGGUGACCAUUACACAGAGGAAAACUGGGACUUAAGCGUCAACAAGUUCGUACUCCACUUACCGGACGUGUCUGAAAGACUCAAAAAGUUAUCCAUUCGCCACAACCCACCCUUAAAUGGAAUCACUAUAGACUCUGUCGAGGGAAAUUAUGUCAGACGACGCACACUUUAUGAGAAUGUGCUUCCAAAGCUUACAAGCCUUGAGUCUUUGAUUGCGCCUACAUUUCUCCGAUCAGUGGCGGCGUACGAGGUGUUGGUGUGCGAUCUUUUAUGGAAUGGUUGUGAGUGUGACUUCUGUGCUAAAGUGUUGGCUGUUAUUGACGCUUUCAUUAUGAACCAUCAAUUCUACUCAUACCCAGAUGGCGGAUUCAAGGACAUUAUACCCACAGUUUUUUUCGCUUAUACUGGCGACGCCUUGGAACGUCGAUUCGUUACAGAGACCGACUGGGAUCUGAAGACGUCGUCAAUCUGCCCUGUGACACAUGCUUGGGAUCUACACGGCUACGAAAAUAUCCAGCAUUUUCAGGAUUAUGAAUGCCACUUUGAUGAGUCUGCCUAUGUGGCUCUAUGUACAUGCGUGGCACAUUUUUUCAAUUCUUACAUGGAUCGGCUCGUCAAGUAUCUCCCUAGCCUGCGCUGGUGCGUCUUGUCUGGUAUCUAUUAUGCUGUGAAUGAUAACAAUGAAUACAGAUCGAUUUAUGACUAA